AUGGCUACUUCUGACACACCAACUGCCAAUGCUGCUGCUGAUGUGGUGACUAAAGUUAAAAAACCCGGGUAUACCAAUCCUGCUUUUAAAGCCAUGGGAAUACCACCAUUGCGCAUUCCAUCACGUAACUGGAUGAUCUUCUGGACUGUGCUGACAGUAUCUAUAUCAGGUAUCGUUUAUGACAAAAGGCAGCAGAAAAAGAUCACUGAUAAGUGGUGCAAAGCGGUAGAACCGCUUUCAAAGGAAAAACUAGCCUUCAACGAGAAACCACGGAAAAUUACAGUUUUUAUCGCUCCACCUCCAAGUGAUUACCUCGACACUAGUAUGACUGUCUGGAGACGGUUUGUAAAACCUGUCCUGUUUUCCAGUGGUGUGGAUUACGACGUUUUCACGGAGGAAAAACAAGGCUUGAUCAGAGCAGAGGUGGCAGAACGCAUACGAAAACUGAGAAGAGAACUGCUAGAUAAUGAAGCUGAGCUCAAACGGUUGGAAAAUGAGCGUCGACUAUGGUCUAGAUGCAAAACUGCCAUUUCCAAGGGCCUCAAGUACGUGAAGGCUGCCGAAGAGCUCGACGAGGAACAAGAGAAAGCACUGGCCGUGAAGUAUAAGACAGAAUUCGACUACAGAAACUUGCUGGGAGUUUAUUACAAGAAUCCAGAUCGGGAUUUGAACACCGUGGAUCAGGACGCCCUGGUUUCAGAUCCUUCAAUGGCUGGAGGUGUCAUUUGCAUCGGCCGUGGAGCGUAUAAGGAAUACAUCGACGGUGUACAUGAGGGGAUUUUGGGGCCAUUGGAACCUCCGCUGAAGGAAGAAGCAGCAAAAAUUGAGACAGAAAUUCAAAAAUCUGCACAGGAGAAAUCUGAGGAGCCGCUCACGGAGCCUACGCCUGUGGAGGAAACUGUGGAAGAAAAACAGGGCGCUCCUGCCUCCGCGGACGGUGAAGAAACCCCCGAAGCCCCCAAGCCGGUACCUCAACGUUACAUCUAUCCUAAUGAGUACAGCGAUGCUAAUUUUCCGUCUGAGCUCUCAACCUCCAAAGUCAUCAGAGAACUGGAGUCUCAAACACCGGCAAUUUAUCUGCAACCCAUUCUGGUCCUUCCCAUGCCCAACCUGAGUGGUUUUCUCAAUAUACCGGAAAGGAUUUACCGAUUUUACCGGACGCGGUAUGUUGCAGAUUCUUUCUGCAAAGCUACUACAAGCUGCGUGUUACAAAAAGUGAGGCCGUUCAGCUCUUCCAUAGAUCUUAACCUUGCCGUAGCUGAAGAAGCUGAUUGGCCCAAAAAAUGGGUUGAGCAAGGGAAGGAAAAAGGCAGCGAGUGGGUUAGUGAAUUGAAAGGUGAUGAUAGAGUACUGAACCUGUUGAACGUCUUUGAAUCUUCCAUGGUCGACGAAUAA